UUCAGUUGGCAACACUGAUCUUAAGUGUUUGUUGUUAUCUGUUAAUGUGGAGUUGUUUUGAAGUUGUUUUGCUACUCAUUAAUUAAUUUUAAUACCCUUCAAUAUUAAAUUAGAAUGAAAGGAAAGGGUAAAGGAAAAGACAUACCCGAUUCUAAGGAUUGUCCUCUCCAGUUUCCUGACUUUACACCAAUUGAUCACAUUCGACACUGUCCUAGAUACUCGACGGUUUUACAAAGAAAUGAUGAAGAAUUAGUAGGUAUUGAGGAUUUAGAUGCCCUUCAGUUAGAAAUGGAAACAUUGCUUGUAUCGGUAACGAAACGUCGACAUCAAUUAGAACAAGAAAUGCAAAUUCUAGUCACCUGGCAAGACAAGAAGGAAAAGAAAACUUCUGGAAAACAAGUAACUGUGAUUUAUUGCUAUUUAUAUUAUAAUAAUGCAAAUGUUUUAAUUCAUGUAAUCAUUUUAAAAAUAUUUCAGGCAAAAUUACAAGAAUAUGAGUUUACGGAUUCUCCAUUGGAAGUACCUCGCAUGCCAAAAAAUGAUGCGCCCAAUCGCUUUUGGGCAUCUAUUGAACCUUAUUGUGCUGAAAUUACACAAGAUGACAUAAAGGUAUUGGAAGAUCUGAUUAAAUCACAUGAUGAUGAUGCAGAUUAUUAUAAGAUACCUGCUUUAGGAAAGCAUUAUUCCUUAAAAUGGGCUCAAGAAGAUUUGUUAGAAGAACAGAAAGAAGGAGCAAAAAUUAAUGAGAGAAGAAGAGGUUUAAGUAAUAAUUCUUCUUUAAAUUCUUCAGAACCUGAGAAACUUUUAAAAAAAGUAGAGAAAGAAUAUGAAAAUGAUGACACAUCUUCAUUUGGAGCUCUUACUCAACGAUUGGUCUCGUGUUUAAUUGAAGAAAACUUAAUGACAUCUUUAGAAGAUUCAAUGAAUGAUACAUUAGCUAAAGACAAUUCAGAUGGUAAUGCAAGUCCACCACCAAUUAAAGGAAAUAUCAUGAAAUCUUUUAAUAUGGGAAACACCAUGCAAUUAGAGAAAAGAAUAAGAAGAGAAUUGGAAGAACAAGGUAUACUAGAUGCUGAUGAUGUUACCGUCGAGAAUCCAGAUGAUGAAAUUCUCACAGAACUAAAAAAAUGCCAGGCAGAACUAAAGACUCUUAGCACAUACAACCUGACUCAGAUCAAAAGAUUGCUUCGUUUAGCCAAAGAAGAAAUGGCAAAACAGGAAAUUCGGAAAAAGUUACAGGUGGCGGAUAAUGAGGUGAUGGAAGCUCACAGAAGAAUCAUGGCUUCGAAACAGAAAAAACGCAGUCCCACAAAAAAAGAAAAAGAAUUAGCAAUGAAGGCAAUUAAGGAGAGAGAACAGAUCUUAAAACAGCUUGAUGGCAUCGGACAGUUUGUAUAAAUAUAAUAUAAUAAUCAUACAGCAGUUUUGUAUAUAGAUUCAGUUUUAUUAUUAUAUCCACUGGAUGAUAUAUUUUUUGCGUUCUAGUAAAAAAAAACCAUCAAUAUUUAUAUUAGUAACUGAUGCCUCCUUGUCCGACGGCAUCCUUCGAAACUAUUUUCGACAAUCUGGCUGACUAUACACGCCGUGAAUGUUGUACAUUGAAUCUUUAUUAAUUUACACAGAAACAUCCUUUAAAUGUCAUUCUGAAUAUUUUGUAAUUUAAAGAAAAACUCACUAUAAAGGAUGUAAUGUUUAUUGUUCCCAUUAAAUGGGAUAUAUCUUUUUUAGAAACGAAUCAUUUUUUUAAUAUCAACAAAAUAAAAAAAAUUUUUAAAGCCAUUUUUCGAAUAUAUU